AUGGUGCAUUGCAAACUUGUAAGAACUUCCCUGCCCACUGGUCUAAAAUUAAGAGUUGGAGAUGGUGAUCCUGUGGAGGAUUUACAUGGUUAUCGGAGUACAGUAGGAGCUCUUCAAUAUGUGACCAUCACGAGGCCGGAGCUCUUUUUCAGUGUGAACAAAGGCACUUUGCAGCAUGGUUUGCAUUUGAAGAAAUCAUCCAGCCUUGAUUUAGUUGGAUUUUGUGAUGCUGAUUGGGCAUCUGAUUUGGAUGAUAGACGCUCGACCUCAGGCCAUUGUGCUUUUUUGGGAGCAAAUUUGAUAUCUUGGCAAUCCAAUAAACAACAUACUGUUUCAAGGUCUAGUACUGAAACUGAAUAUCGAAGUCUUGCAGGAACAAGGCACAUAGAGCUUGAUCUCUAUUUUGUCCGUGAAAAGGUCAUUCGGAAGGAGGUAGAGGUUCGCCAUGUCCCCUCAGUUGAUCAACUUGCAGAUUCAAUAGCAAUUCCAAAUGCUACAGAAGCAGAUCUUCUGAUGUGA